AUGGAGCCAGCAACCACUCAGCAAGGCAGUCUCACAGCCGAAGCACCAUUCUCAGACACAACAAUAUCUACCCCAGUACAAAUCAAGCCCAGGACCGCGGUCAUGGAGGCCGUCGAAGACAUCACGUACGGCUCCGUUGCCGGCAUCGUUGGCAAAUACAUUGAAUACCCCUUCGACACGGUCAAGGUGCGGCUUCAGUCACAACCGGACCACCUCCCUCUGCGAUACAAGGGACCGAUCGAUUGCUUUGCCCAGUCCAUCCGGGCCGACGGCUUCCUCGGCCUCUACCGGGGCAUCAGCGCUCCGCUGGUUGGCGCCGCCAUCGAAAACAGCAGCCUCUUCUUCUGGGAGCGCAUGGGCCGCGCGGUCGUCUAUGCCUCGGGCUAUACGCCCCGCGACCAGCCACUACCAUUAUCCGCCCUUUGGAUGACAGGCGCCUUCUCAGGUGCCAUGACCUCCUUCCUUUUGACCCCUAUCGAGCUGGUCAAGUGCAAAAUCCAAGUUCCCGAGGGCGGCACCGGCGGCACGGCGGCAACGACAGCGCUGAAACCGAUCCCCGUCAUCAAGGACAUUUUCCGGCAUCAAGGGCUGCGCGGAUUCUGGCAUGGCCAGCUGGGCACGCUGAUCCGCGAGUCUGGGGGUUGCGCCGCCUGGUUCGGGUCCAAGGAGACCGUCACGGAACUGUUUCGCGAGUGGAACGGGCGGCGACAGCGACGUCUAGCGGCGGAAGCGGGCACGGCGGGGACAGAGAUUCUGUUUCCCAGGGACGACAGCGACAGCCUCCCGCUCUGGCAGCAAGCAGUGGCGGGUGCUUCGGCAGGCAUGUCAUACAACUUCCUGUUCUUUCCUGCCGACACGAUCAAGUCGCGCAUGCAGACCACCCCGAUCGGUCAGGCGCCCGGCCAGAAGACCACGUUUGCAGGCGAGGCGGCCGCCCUGUGGAAACAGGCGGGUCUAACGGGGUUCUACCGCGGCUGUGGGAUUACCGUCCUCCGCUCGGUGCCUAGUUCGGCAUUCAUCUUCAUGGUCUACGACGGACUCAAGAAAUACUUCCCUAUGCAGUGA